UUUAUGUUAACUAUAUUUUUAAAUGAUUUUAUACUGUUUACGUAUGUGUUUCUGUCAAGACAUAUGUGAAUAUAUGUACAUAAAAACGAUUUCAGUAGAAAAAUUAUUAUUUUUUGUAUACCGGUUGCCAUGGUAACAGUUAAGCGUCCAAAUAUGGCAUCUCUGCUGGAUGAAAUUCUGUUUGAAACCGCUGGACAAGGUCCACCUCCCUCUAAAGAUUUCUACCAAUUUAUUAUCACACAAAAGGAGGUUAUAUGGAGGUGGUGGAAGAUUUCAGUCCGGACAGAAUUCAGAGGGACACCACCGGGAGAGAUAAAAAUGCUCCACCAUGACUUUUUGAAUGAUUCAAAGUUGCAGGAGCAGCUAGCUGUGGUGUUUGGCACCAGAAUUCUGGAGUACACUUUGGCUCUGUGUCAAGGGCAUUUUGACUACCUGGAACGUUUACCAGAUCGGCUGCUCCUUAAAAUCCUCUCCUACAUGUCCAUCCAGGACAUUAGCCGUCUCAGUCAAACCUCAAAAAGGUUUAAGAAGAUAUGCAACUCGGAGGAGAUCUGGAAGCAGACUGUGCUGGGUCAUUGCGAUAUGAUAACCGAAGACAUGGAGAUGCUGGCGAAAGCCAUGGGUUGGAAGAACAUCUUCUUUAAGUUUUAUUACAAAACAGAACAUGAGGAAGAAGAUAAAGCCAAUACUGCAUGUCCAUGAACUAUUAAAUACAACUCUCAAUCAACAGGACAAUCAAAAUGAUCUUAAAGUGUUUAUUAAUUGACUACUUAUGUGUUUUCAUGAUUGCAGUUAUUGAUUAAAGACAAGUUCAUGAAACAUUCAAAUUCAAUCCUAUACUACUGUGCUGUGAGUGCCAAAGUAUUCAGGCAUUACUUUGAUAUUAUUAAUGUUACAAAUAAUCCAUAAUUAUUAAUUUUUAAGUCUUUUUGUUUAGAAUAUGGCCAAAUCAUUCACCGAAUACCAGUCUAACAUAACAUCUGACCUCUAGCCAUGACUCACUGUUUGGCUCUUUUCAUUAACUGCAAUGUGGAAAGUGACCAGCAGAUGGCGCACGUUAAUAAAGUGAGUGAAUGUGCAAAACCAAUGCAACAUACUUUCACUGUAUGGUCAAAAUAAAGUAGCCCUUAUUAAACAUAAAA